UGGAGACGCUGUGGGCGGGCGCCGACCGGUGCCGCGCAGGCGGAAGUGCCGUGGCCGGGCGGCCUUGGAGGUAAAGGCGGGGGAAGCGGGGGUCGCGGGGGGACACGAGGGAGCCCCCGCGCCGCCUCCUGUGUCCUCGGCCGUGCCGGGACAGCCUCACCAGCCUCUGUUGCAGGAGCCCCCGGACGGCGAGAUCCCAGAAUUAGAGAAAGAAAUUGAAGAAUUUAAGUCAAAGCCUAUUGGAGGUUCUGAUGAUAUUAUUAAGGUCCUGACUGAACGUCUGGAUGCUAUUCUUCUGGAAAAAGCAGAGACUGAGCAGCAGUGUCUUUCUCUGAAGAAGGAAAAUACUAUAAUGAAGAAAGAGGCUGAGGAUUCUGUAAUUAAGAUGGAAGAUUUGCACAAGGAAUUUGAACAAUCAAAAAAAAACUAUGUGAAAGAAAUGGAGAAUUUGAAAAAGGCGGAAUAUACUAGACACAGUGAAGAUAAAGCUCGCUUGCAAAAGGAACUGGAAGAAGCAACAAAGAAACAACUAGAGCUUUCAGAACAACUAAAAUUUCAGAAUGACUCUGAAGAUAAUGUUAAAAGGCUACAAGAAGAGAUUGAGAAAAUUAGACCAAUCUUUGAGAUGCAAAUUUUAAAUCUGCAAAAGCAAUUAGAAGCUGCCACAGAUGAAAAGGAGCAAGAAAUUACUCAUCUCCAAGAAGUCAUUGAAGCUAAUUCUCAGCAUUACCAAAAAGAUAAUAAUAUUUUGCAAGAAGAACUUUUACAGUUGAAGGCUAUGCACCAAAAAGAACUGAAAAAAUUGAUGUGUCAGAACCAAAUAUCUGCUAAAGAACACAAAGCAGAAGUCGAUAAUGUAGACCAUUUGGUCAAAUAACACAAGGAUAGUGAGAAGAACAUUCAGGAUCAAAAUGAAUGUGAAUUAGAAAACUUAGGGAAUGCCUCAAAUGCAGAUAAUCAAGUGGGUUAUUUACUCUUACAGGAUGAUGAACAAGAUGUAAAUAAAAAGAUCAAACUCUUAGGAGACACUUUAAAAGAACUGGAGUCUCAACAUAGUAUUUUAAAAGAUGAGUUAACUUACAUGAAUAAUCUUAAAUUAAAAUUUGAAAUUGAUGCCCAACAAAUAAGGGAUGAAUUUUUUCGUGAACGGGAAGAUUUGGAGUUUAAAAUUAAUGAGUUAUUGCUAGCCAAAGAAGAACAUGGCUGUGUAAUUGAACUGUUAAAAUCUCAGCUAGAGGAUUCAAAUAAGCAGCUUUGCCAUAUUGUAGAGCAACAUAACAAAGAAGUACAGCAUCUUAGGGAAGAGCAUAAAAAAGAAAUGUCAGAACUAAAUGAGACAUUUUUAUCAGAUUCAGAAAAGGAAAAGUUAGCAUUUAUGUUUGAAAUACGAGGUCUUAAGGAACAGUAUGAAAAUCUACAACAAGAGAAGCAAGAAGCAAUUUUAAAUUAUGAGAGUUUGCGAGAGAUUAUGGAAAUUUUACAAACAGAACUGGGGGAAUCUGCUGGAAAAAUAAGUCAAGAGUUUGAAUCCAUGAAGCAGCAGCAAGCAUCUGAUGUUAGUGAACUUCAACAAAAACUCAGAACUGCUUUUAAUGAGAAAGAUGCUCUUGUUGAAACGGUGAACCGUCUCCAGAGAGAAAAUGAAAAGUUAUCACAGCAGGAAGUUGUGCCAGAAUUUGAAAGUAUCAUAAAGAACCUUCAGGAAAAGAAUAAACUAUAUUUAGUUAGUCUCAGUCAAAGAGAUAUCAUAUUAAAAGAAUUUGAAGCAAAGAUAAGUUCUCUUACAGAGGAAAAAGAUGAUUUCACAAGUAAAAUGGGAAGCUCUCUUGAAAAAAUAGAUGACCUUCAUAAAAAAUGUGAAAGGGAAAAAAGAUUGAAUAUAGGGGAGAAGAUGGAGCAAACAACUCAAUACAACAGUGAACUAGAAAAAAAAGUAAAUGAAUUAAUGGCAAGGCAAGAAGAAACUUCAAAAGAUAAGGAUCAAAGUAACAAGAAAGUAGAAGAGCUUAUAAUUCAGUUAGAAAUACUCUCUGAAGACCAGGCAGCACUGUCAUCUGAAAUGAAAUCUCUUUAUGAGGAAAACAGUAGGUUGACUUUAGAAAAGAAACAACUGAGUAAGGAUUUGGAAGCCUUCCUCAAAAAGAGUGAUGCUAUGCUUAAGGAACAAAUUUCUGAAUUAGAAAAGAAACUUAUAUUAACAAUUGGAGAACGAAAUAAUUUAAAUAAAUGUUUUGAAAAUGAGCAAGUUCAGAAAUUAUUGAUCAAAACCCAGUUGGAUGAAUUCCUAAAACAAAUGAAAUUAAAGGUUUCAGAAGACAAUAAGGAGCAAGAUGUUGCAAGUGUCCUGAAAGCUAUAGGUGAAUCCUUCACUAAAAUAAGUGAGGAAAAACAUAAUUUGGCUUCUCAAUAUGAUAAAAGAAUAAUAGAAUUAGAGGAAAAGAUUAAUUGCCUUCAAGAAGAAAACAUAGUUCAGUGUGAGGAACUUAGAUCUUCGUUGAGAGACUCUGAGCAAGAGAAAGUACUCUUAAGGAAAGAAUUGAAAGAAAUCCUGUCAGGACAAGAGGUCCUACAGUUUAGUCUGUUGGAAAUGAAGAAUGCUAAUGAAGAAAGGCUUGAAAAUCAAGUUGUUUUACUUCAAAUUGAAGAUAUGUCUCAAAAAUUAUAUAGGACAAAUGAAGUGAAUGAAAAAGAAAAAUCUUUAACGUAUGAAUAUGAAAACCUAAAGUCAUUAUUAGAACAAAAAGAGAAUGAAUUGCAGGAUGUGAGAGCAGAGUUGAUACUAUUAAAGGAUCCCAUACAGAAAUCACCUGUAGAAAAUGAUCAGCCUUCUUCAGUAAAAGAACUGGAAGAAAGAAUAGGAUGUCUGGAAAAAGAAACUAGAGAGAAAGAGGAGAAAAUUAAGAUUAAACUGGUAGCUGUGAAGGCAAAAAAAGAACUAGAUUCUAGCAGAAAAGAGGCCCAGUUGCUACGGGAAGAACUUGAAUCUGUUAGAUCAGAAAAGGAUCAGUUGUCUUCAUCCAUGAGAGAACUCAUUCAAGGAGCAGAAAACUAUAAGAAUCUCCUAUUAGAAUAUGAUAAACAAUCUGAACAGUUGGAUGUGGAAAAAGAACGUGCUAAUAAUUUUGAAUGUUGUAUAGAAGACCUUACACGACAGUUAAAGAAUUUGACUUUUCAGUGUGAAAAAUUAAAUUCUGAUAAUGAAGAUCUCCUCGCUCGUAUUGAGACUUUACAGUCUAAUUCCAAGUUACUAGAAAUACAGAUUUUAGAAGUUCAAAGAGCCAAAUCAAUGGUGGACAUAGAGUUAGAAGCUGAAAGACUUCAGAAAGAGCAGAAAAUAAAGGAGCAUGCCAGUUCUAUAAGUGAACUUGGAGAACUUCAGCUCCAGCUUCAAAACGAAAAGAAACAGCUUCAGAAAACCUUGCAAGAAUUAGAGCUUGUUAGAAAGGAUGCCCAGCAAACCACAUUGAUGAAUAUGGAAAUAGCUGAUUAUGAACGUUUGAUGAAAGAACUAAAUCAAAAGUUAAUUAAUAAAAACAGCAAGAUAGAAGAUUUGGAACAAGAAAUAAAGAUUCAAAAACAAAAACAGGAAACCCUGCAAGAAGAAAUGACUUCACUGCAGUGUCCUGUGCAACAGUAUGGAAAAAAUGCCAAAGUCAAGCAGUUGCUUGUGAAAAUCAAAAAAGAACUGGCAGAUUCAAAGCAAGCUGAAACUGAUCACUUGAUACUUCAAGCAUCUUUAAAGAAUGAACUGGAGGCAAGCCAACAGCAAGUAAAAGUCUAUAAAAUUCAAUUGGCUGAAAUAACAUCAGAGAAACAUAAAAUUCACGAGCAUCUCAAGACUUCUGCAGAUCAGCACCAACAGACACUGAGUACAUACCAGCAGAAAGUAACAAGUCUUCAGGAAGAGUGCCAUGCGGCCAAGGCAGAACAAGUUGCUAUAACCUCUGAGUUUGAGAGCUACAAAGUUCGAGUUCAUAAUGUUCUAAAACAACAGAAAAUUAAAUCUGUGUCUCAGGGUGAGACUGAGGAAGCCAAACAAGAAAGAGAACACUUGGAAAUGGUGAUUGACCAACUAAAAAUCAAAUUACAAGACACCCAAAAUAACUUACAAAUCAGUUUAUCUGAACUUCAAACUUUACAGUCGGAACAUGAUACUCUGCUUGAAAGACAUAACAAGAUGCUACAAGAAACUGUGUCCAAAGAGGCAGAACUUCUGGAAAAGUUGUGUUCAAUACAGUCCGAGAAUAUGGUUUUGAAGUCUGAUCAUGCGCAGACUGUGAGCCAGCUGACGUCCCAAAAUGAGGUCCUGCGCAGCGCUUCCGGGAGCAGGUGCGCUGCCGGCAGGAAGACCAUGGAAACGCUGCAGCAGCAGCUCAGCAAGGUGGAAGCUCAGCUCUAGCUGAAGAGUGAACCCGCCACAAGAAGCCCAGCUUCUUCUCACCAACCUUUGAAGAAUCUUCUGGAAAGGAGGAACACAGACCUUCCCCUUCUGGACAUGCACACCCUAACCCGGGAAGAGGGCGAAGGGAUGGAGAUGACAGAUAAUGAGUCUGUGUCUUCCACUGGCACACACACACAGUCAUUAGAGCAGCUGCUUCAUUCUCCAGAAACUAAACUCGAGCCUCCUUUAUGGCAUGCUGAAUUUACCAAAGAGGAGUUGGUUCAAAAGCUUAGUUCAACCACAAAAAGUGCUGAUCACUUAAACAGCCUGCUUCGGGAAACGGAAGCUACCAAUGCAAUCCUCAUGGAGCAGAUUAAGCUUCUCAAAAGUGAAAGAAGAUUAGAAAGAAAUUAAGAACAUGAGAAGUCUGUCGCUAACCUGGAAUACUUGAAGAAUCUCCUACUACAGUUUAUUUUCCUAAAACCUGGGGGAGAGAGAGAGAGAGGACUCCUUCCUGUUAUAGAUACAAUGUUGCAGCUCAGCCCAGAAGACAAGGGAAAACUUGUUGCAAUACCUGAAGGAGAAGAAGAAAAUGCUUCUCGUUCCUCUGGAUGGACAUCCUAUUUGCAUAGCUGGUCUGGACUUCGAUAGAUUUAUGAAAAGAACAUUAUUUAUUAAACUAAAUAUAACCCAGUUGGUGAAAAGGUGGUUCGUAUCUAUGGCUGUCACUCUUUUUUCAAAAAGUAUAUAUACUCACAUCUGUACACACAUACAUAUAUAUGUACAUACAUGUAUUUGAACAUACAUAUGUCAGGUAUAUUGAAAGUUUCCAGUUGAAGUAAAAGUUAGCCAGAAGUGUUGGUCCAGUCCUUUUUCUCAUCUCCCAAAUAUGCUGCUAGAAGUGAAAAAUACCAAGAAUUAAUUCACUCCCUCCCCUGGAAUCUCAGGACCCAUCUCAGUGAAACAUAAAUUUUAAGUUAAAUUAAAUUUUUGGCACUACACCAAUCAAAAAAUCAUACUUUAAAAUAACAUCACAAGACUGUUGAAAGGCAAGACAUGCAGUUACAUUGUUAUAAAUUGUUAAUAUUUUGUUAGAGUAUAAAGGAAAAUUACUGUACAGUUAUUUUAUUAAGGUACUAUAAGUAUGGCACAGUUAUUUGAAACUAAGUUAAAGUAUAACUUUGGUGAGUUUUGGGGCCACACCUGGCAGCUGCUUGAGGUUAUUCCAUGCUCUGUGCUCAGGGAUCACUCCAAGCUACUUCCGGUGUGUGUAGGGUGGGGAGGAGGCCAGGGUCAGCCACAUGCAAGGCAAGUGUCCUACCCUCUAUGAUCUCUCUGGCCCCGUAACUUAGUUUAAUUUUCAGUGAGCUCUUAGAGUAUUUCAAAACUCAGUUUUAGAAGACCUGUUAAUUGCCUUGUGAACUGAUAGGACUAUUUUAUUGCCUGGGGUAAUUUCAUGAGUUCCUUUUAGACUUGUGUGUGUAGUGCCAAGAUGACAUGCAGGGCCUCGUGAUGUGAAGCAUUUUCUAGCCACUGGUCUUCGUCUCUUAAGCCGCCUUGGCUACCUCUGAGCCUGAGUCUGUUUUGAGAAUUCUCUCCUAAUAAAAAUCUACAGAUUCUUACUCAGCAGUAUAUCUCAGUAGGAAACUGGUGCUUCCCAUCAGAAGAAAUUCUAGAGUAGCACCUUUAGAUAUCAGUGCUGAAUGCUAACUGUUCUUAGGAGUAACUCAAGACGGUGGUAUUGAAAGCCUAUAAUUUAACUGACUAGAUAAAAAAUGUGUACUUUAAAUCAUAAAUUUGAUGACUAUUUUCAAUUUUUUUUUUAAAUUCACAUACACUCUAUGUACUUUGAAGUUCUCUUCCAAAUCUUCCCACUUAAUUCUAGUUUUCAGACUCAGCUGGUAAACCAAUGCUAGUAUAUUAAUCAGAACAUCAGUUUUUAGUUUAGUUUUAUUUAAUUUGCUGCUGAUGAAUCUUGUUGUUCUUUUAAAAAUAGCUCCUACAUCUUUCUUCUUGUUUUAAAAGAUGACACAUAACUUGUGAAUUUAUUAAUAAAUAUGGAUCUAUUAGAGAUCUAUUUUGUUUAGCAUUUUUUGUUUAGCUUUUUCACUUACAUAAACUGAAUAUGAGUGUAUCUGUAAAAUACAUUGUAAGUAAUAGUAUUUUAAAAGUCAUUUUUCUCAUUAUGCCAUUUUAGUGUGUAUAAACUUGUCUUGAAAAAAUAUUUUCUAAUGGAUAUAAUAAUGAAAAUAUUUUUGCAUGUUAAAUUAUGAUAUGAAUAUUAUUUCUUGGUUCCAGUAAUGAGGGAAGAUAAUUAUUUUAAUAUUUUGAUUAAGUUAUUAAGUGUACAUUACAUUUUUAUGCCUGCUCUUUCUGUUAGCCACUCUUUGGAAUUGAAAUUGGUUUAUGUUUAAAUUUCACAUUUCGGGGCUAUGGUGCCACCAACAGGUCAACCUGUACCUGCAGGGCGAGUACAUCAACAUUCUGAUGGUGCCUUAAAAUUGCCACUGUGCCUUUGGCCAGACCCCAACAACUUGGGACCAAGUUUACCAAGAAAUUAAACCACCAGAAGCUAGGUAUUUGGGAGCCACACCCACAAACCACCUUCAGCUCAGCUGUACAAGCUCAUUUAUUGGCCUUAUUUCAGAAACCUAUAGAUAAAUCUCGAAAGAGAUCAAAAGCUGUAGUUAAGCUCAGACCAGCGCAUGACUGAACAGACUGGAAUAAAUCGGAUGAGGGUGGGUUGGCCUGGUGGUCCGCCCAAGCAGAGCCCCCAGCAGCCACUUGCUUCCACAAUCCAAAACUGCCAUAUCCCCGGCCUGAUUUCACAAUCUCAGGAUGGACCUCACCAAGAUAUAAUCUGCUGAAAAUUCUGGUAUGCAGGUUUUGUGACUGAAAUCUCCAGGCUUUCUCAGAGUUGGGGUGGGCUACCUCCCCCCACUUCCCAAUACACAUGGAAGCACUGGCAGUCACCCCCACGAACCAACUCCAGUGCCACUCUGUAAGCUCGUAGUCUCCCCACUACUCUAGAUGGAUUCCCGGUGACCAGGAGCUUCCACAAGCAAGGCCUCACUCCCCGGUAUGCAGGUUCCAGGACUAAAUCUCCAGGCCGCAUGGCAGCAGAGAACCCGCGCUGUCCCUUCCUGGGUUCCUGCCUGCCCAACCGACCAGCUGUCAUGCCCACAAUUUGCCUCCUUGCUCCAUCUUAGCACACCAACAGCCCUGACCCAGAGACUGCCAAUUGAAUCCCAAAAUGGAUUAGUGCCAUACGGAGAUGUCUCUGGAACCCAACAAUUUACCAUCUAGAAAUUUACAUUUACAAUCGUGGCUGUGUAAGCUCUCAUGAUAUUCAAAAUGAACAAUGGAAAAUAAAUUAUCUAGCGUCUGUCCCUGGCAUGUAGGUUUGUCUGGUGGUGGGAAAAUUCAAGCAAAACAUAG